ACCCAAGCUCCACCACCAGAAGUUUCCCAAACGUCAUGUGUAUGCUCUAGACAUCGACACCACAACCCAACUGUUCCGCGGUCUUAAGAGACCGACCAAUCUCACGACCGAUGAAGUCCCCACGUUGGCUCACGCAGCAAUCGCUUGCAAAAAGAGUCGAGGCUGCCAUGCAGUCUCAAUUCCACACUCAACAAGCCACGAACCCAUCCAAAUCCACCAUAUUCCGAACCUCCCAAACAACGACGAGAACAGCUUCUUCCCGAUCGCAACACCGCACCUUCUCCCAUAUCCGUCCCCGCGCCAACCACCCACCCCCGGCUGAAGACCCAAACUUCACCUCCAUCCUCGACAACCCCCCGCAACUCGUGCGCGCCGGCCGGCGGCACGGGCCAGGCCUCAUAAUCCUCGCCAUCAUCCCCGUAACGGCCUUCCUGUUGGGAUCCUGGCAAGUGAAGCGCCUAGGGUGGAAAACCGAAUUAAUCGCCAAGUUCGAAGAUCGCCUCGUGCGGGAACCCUUGCCACUGCCGCCGCGCAUAGACCCGGACGCGAUCCACGACUUUGAUUUCCGGCGGGUGGUGGCGCGGGGCCGGUUCCGACAUGAUCGGGAGAUGCUCGUGGGGCCGCGGAUGCACGAUGGUGAGGAUGGUUAUAUGGUGAUUACGCCACUGGAGCGGGAGGACGACGGGAGCAAGGGGACAACGACGGUUUUGGUGAAUCGGGGGUGGGUGAGCAAGAAGCUGCGCGACCGGAAGGACAGGCCGGAGGGGUUGCCUACAGGGGAGGUGGUGGUUGAGGGGUUGUUGAGGGAGCCGUGGAAGAAGAACAUGUUCACACCGGACAAUAGGCCUGACAAGAGCGAGUUUUACUUCCCGGAUGUGAGGCAGAUGGCUGCGUUAUCUGGUAGUCAGGCUGUGUGGGUUGAGCAGACUAUGGAACCGGGUCUGCUUGAGGCUAUGGACAUGCAAAGCAAGGGCAUUCCAAUCGGGAGGCCCGCCGAAGUCAACCUUCGGAACAACCAUGCUCAGUACAUCUUCACAUGGUAUGGCCUCUCAUUAGCUACGACCAUAAUGUUUUACAUGGUGGUCAAGAAGCCGCCAACAUCCAUCACACGUCGCGUUCGUAUGAACAAGGAAUGGUCAUAGCCUCUUUGGUCUUUCAGCUACUCGAAACUCGCACUACCAGCGGCUUUCAUGUAACAUUCUCUUCCCCGUCCGCGUCGAUUUUCCUCGACUUUUUCCUCGGAGACCUCGUCGGGGGUGGAACGGGCAUCCGUAAUUCUUGUAGCAACUCUCUAGGCAGAUGCCGUUGUGCAAGGGCAAAAGGGGUGGUUGUCGAACUGGUUUGACGCUGUCUGUAUGUACAUAUGCAAGUCAGAUGAUGCAACUGUACAUUAUGAGGAUCAUACACCCUCUGUAAUACAAGGAUGAAAAAGAAACUGCAACAUACCUUCGCAGGAGAGUAAUCAUGUC